AAGGCAUUGUGGGAAGGUUGUGGUUUAAUCGCGCGUCGCGUUGAUUCCUUCAGGCCCCAUAAAGCACUGCUGCGUGCGAGUCCGUUCUUUACUAAUUUCUGGAUAAAUUCAUAUUGAAGUAAAUUACUUUUGAAAAGCAUUAUACUAGCAUAAACAAACGAUGUCAAACUUUUGCGCAGCUCCAAAUUGCACCAUGAAAAGCAAUCGGUCAGCAUCGCCAUUCUUCAGGUUUCCAAGGGACAUUGAAAGGUACGUUAAAACGGUGUUCCUUACUUGACUUUGCACGGUAUGCUAACUAACGUAAGCGCUCAGCUAGAUAUGUGCUUUGUGUAAGCUAUUUAGCCACCUUCUAGCAAUAUCUAGACUUUUGGGGUUUACAAAUCAGUAGGUUAUUUAAACAUACAGCAAGCAGCUUGCUAGCGAGACAGAAUUCAGAAUGACAAUGUUUUAGUUUGCAUGUUGUUGUCAACAUAGCACACAAUGUGAUUGUGUGAUUAUACCAUUGACUAUAGCAAUCAUAUUUUCAUCAGUAUUUGAAUGACUAGUUCUUCAAUCUCAUUCAAUGAUAGCUACAUGUAUAAGAAUUGUGUUUGUUUUGUGAGUUGUAUCUGUGAGGCGCUCUUACAGGAUGUCAGAGAGGGUCGCUUCUUCUCGUUGGUCACUGACGAUCAGCGUUUGAAUACCUAGUUCUUCAUGUUCAAUCUCAUUCAAUGAUAGCUACAUGUAUGAAUGAGAAUUGUUUGUUUUGUCUGCGCACAGAUGCAAGCAGUGGGUGGAAAACUGUCAUUGCAAGGAUCUUGAAGAUAAAACACCUGACCAGCUGAACAGAUACUACAGACUUUGUGCUAAGCAUUUUGAACCAUCCGUGAUUUGUAAAGCAGUAAGUAGUGCUGAUCCAAUUUGCUUGGCAUUUGUUUGUUUUUUUGGCUUAGCUGAAAUGUUUAACAUUUGAAAUGGAUGUAGUUGAACAGAGAUGUGUACCUCAGUGCUACACACCCAUCAGAUAGGUAGGUUAAUCAUCUAAUCUUUCAUAUUUCCAGAGUCCUUACAGAACAAGGCUGAAGGAUAAUGCCACACCAACCAUCUUUGAUUUAUCAAGCCAACUCAAUAAUCCACAAAGUAGGCCACGCAAAAGGAUUAAAGACCUGGUAGGGGUUUCUUUUCCAUUUAACAAAUCACUAGUCAAAUACUCAAUGUAUUGAAGUCUUCCAUUUUUAAAGACAUCUAAUAGCUUGUUACUGACUUUCUCUCUUGCUAUUAUAUUCUACAGAGUGAUGAUGAAGCAAGGCAAAUGAAAGAGAGGAAAAGUAAGUUGUGCAUCUGAUUACGUUGAAGAACAUUUUAUUUGUUCAUGCUGUUUCACAAUGUACAGUGCAUUCAGAAAGUAUUCAGGCCUCUUGACUUUUUCCACAUUUUGUUACAUUACAGCCUUAUUCUAAAAUGGAUUAAAUAAUUUUUUCCCCCGCAGUCUACACACAAUACCCCAUAAUGACAAAGCAAAAACAGGUGUUUUGAAAUUUUUGCUAAUGUAUUAAAAUAAAAAAUAAACGUAAAUAUCACAUUUACGUAAGUAUUCAGACCCUUUACUCACUAAUUUGUUGAAGCAACUUUGGCAGCGAUUACAGCCUUGAGUCUUCUUGGGUAUGACGCUGCAAGCUUGGCACACCUGUAUUUGGGGAGUUUCUCCAAUUCUUCUCUGCAGAUCCUCUCAAGCUCAUUCAGGUUGGAUGAGAGCGUCGCUGUACAGCUAUUUUCAGGUCUCCAGAGAGGUUAGAUCGGGUUAAAGUCUGGACUCUGGCAGGGCCACUCAAGGACAUUCAGAGACUUGUCCCGAAGCCACUCCUGCAUUGUCUUGGCUGUGUGCUUAGGGUCGUUGUCCUGUUGGAAGGUGAACCUUCGUCCCAGUCUGAGGUCCUGAGCGCUCUGAAACAGGUUUUUAUCAAGGAUCUCUCGGUACUAUGCUCCGUUCAUCUUUCCCUCGAUCCUGACUAGUCCCAGUCCCUGCCACUGAAAAGCAUCCCCACAGCAUGAUGAUGCCACCACCAUGUUUCGCCGUAGGGAUGGUGCCAGGUUUCCUCCAGACAUGACACUUGUCAUUCAGGCCAAAGAGUUCAAUCUUGGUUUCAUCAGACCAGAUAAUCUUGUUUCUCAUGGUCUGAGAGUCCUUUAGGUGCCUUUUGGCAAACUCUAAGCGGGCUGUUGUGCCUUUUACUGAAAAGUGGCUUCCGUCUGGCCACUCUACCAUAAAGGCCUGAUUGGUGGAGUGCUGCAGAGAUGGUUGUCCUUCUGGAAGGUUCUCCCAUCUCCACAGAGGAACUCUGGAGCUCUGUCAGUGACCAUCAGGUUCUUGGUCACCUCCCUGACCAAGGCCCUUCUCACCCGAUUGCUCAGUUUGGCCGGGCGGCCAGCUCUAGGAAGAGUCUUGGUGGUUCCAAACUUCUUCCAUUUAAGAAUGAUGGAGGCCACUGUGUUCUUGGGGACCUUCAAUGCUGCAGACAUUUUUUGCUACCCUUCCCCAGAUCUGUGCCUCGACACAAUCCUAUCUCUGAGCUCUACGGACAAUUCCUUCGACCUCAUUUGUUUUUUGCACUGUCAACUGUGGGACCUUAUAUAGACAGGUGUGUGCCUUUCCAAAUCAUGUCCAAUCAAUUGAAUGUACCACAGCUGGACUCCAAUCAAGUUGUAGAAACAUCUCAAGGAUGAUCAAUGGGAACCGGAUUCCCCUGAGCUCAAUUUCGAGUCUCAUAGCGAAGGCUCUGAAUACUUAUGUAAAUAAGUGUAUUUGUAAUACAUUUAAAGUUAUAAAAACCUGUUUUCGCUUUGUCGUUAUGGGGUAUUGUGUGUAGAUUGAUAAGAAGAAAAAAAGUCAUCAAUUUUAGAAUAAGGCUGUAACAACAAAAUGUGGAAGAAGUCAAGGGGUCUGAAUACUUUCUGAAUGCACUGUAAUACAAUAAUAAUCAAGGUUUAAAUUGAAUGACUAGUAAUGAAGGAUGUCUUUCCCUCUUCAUCAUGAGACAAUGCCGUAUCACAGGACCCACAUAGGUAAAAAGUUACACUAAUCCUCUUUUUAUCAAUAUUACUUUAUUUUCCUAUAGAGGACUCUGUGGAUCAAUCAAAGAUUAGCAAAGAUGAUGGUGAAGGCCAAGAUGACUCUGAGACAAACCACCCCUCCCAACUGACCUCUGAGGAGAAGAAGCACAGAGAAUACCUCAAAUCACUAUUUGAAGUUCUUGUUGUGUUGGGGAAACAGAACAUACCUCUGAAUAGACAUACCGAGGUGGUGCAGGAGAGUGACUGUCUCACUCCAAGCAAUUUCCAGGCAUUGUUGGAGUACCGAAUGAAUGCUGGUGGUGACGAGGAACUCAGGAAAAGGUUUGAGAUGAGCGCUCUAAACGCAGAGUGCUGCACUUCCACACAGCAGAGGCAGAUGAUGGAGGUCUGUGAGAGUUGUAUCCGUGAGGAACUCUUACAGGAAGUCAGAGAGGGUCACUUCUUCUCAUUGGUCACUGACGAUGUGGUCGAGAUCUCGGGUGAGUGCCAUAUCCCCAUAUUCGUACGUUUUUUUGACCAGGCCAACUGCUUGCGAGAGGAGUUUGUGGGAUUCCUUCCUUUUGAGGGAGACGAGGAGACCCUGAUGGAGAGGCUGCUGAAUGAGGUGACAAAGAAGUGGGGCUUGAAUAUGGACUACUGCAGAGGGCAGGCCCACUUCAGCUCCGGUGUGCAUUCCAGCAAAAUGAAAGCCAUUGCAACCAAACUCACAGAGAAGUAUCCCACAGCAGUGUACACACCAAGUUCCACCUGUGCCUUGAAUGUCUCACUGGCAAGUGGAGUGGCUUUGACAGGUGUUCAGAUUGUCAUGUCUACUUUCAAGAAGAUUGAGUCUUUUUUCAACGAGUCACCUUCACUGCAAUUGGAGUUGGAGAAUGCCAUCUCCAUUUUCUACCAGGGCAAUGAAGAGAAGGCCAAUGAUCUGAAAGAGGCCUGCCGCACCAACUGGACAAUGAGGCAUGAUUCAUUCGAGGUGGCAGUCGAUGUCAUGGAAUCUCUACUGCUCUGCGUGGAUUGUGUUCACGACAAUGAAGAUCUGAGGUGGAGUGACCAAGUCACACAUAAUGCCUUGGAGAUAUCAGAGGCUCUGGCUGAUUUUGAGUUUGUUGCAGCGUUGGUUGUGCUGAAAAACACCCUGUCAUUCACAAGAGCCUUCGGCAAGAACUUGCAAGGGCCAACGAUCGAUGUCUACUUUGCUGCAAACAGUUUGACCGCUGUGUUACACUCGCUGAACGAGGUCUUGGAUAACAUUGAGGUGUACCAUGAGUUCUGGUUCGAAGAGGCUGUUAACCUAGCUGCUGCACUAGAGAUUCCGGUCAAGGUUCCCAGGCUGUACUUGAGAAAGCACCGCCCAGAAACUGAAACAGAGCUCCAGCCAGAGAGCUACUUCAAAGAGCACCUGACUGCCCCUGUGGUGAGCCACGUCAUAAAAGAACUGAACGACCUCUUCUCUGAGAACCACCUCAACGCCCUGAGAUAUCUGACUCUCGUCCCUGCUGUCAUGGGGCAGCUGAAGUUCAACACGUCUGAAGAGAACAACGUGGAGAUGUACAGGAACGACCUUCCCAACGCAGACACACUCCCCGCUGAGCUGCACUGCUGGAGGGUGAAGUGGAAGCAUAGGGGCAAGGUAACCCUGCCCUCCACUGUCCAUGAGACGCUGCAGCUUGCUGAAGUGAAGUUCUUCCCCAAUGUGCUUGCCUUCUUGAGGGUGCUUGGCAACCUGCCAGUCCUGGGCCUUGAGGAUGGCGAUGCUUCUCGUAAACGCUUUCAGAUGUACCUGGAGAACACACCUGACAAACACAGAUCCAAGAGUCUGGCAUUUCUGAACAUACAUUAUAAUGCCAGACAUGACCUGGACUUCAUGGUUGAUAGUUACAUUAAGAUGUACCCUCACAAUGAAAGUUAAAUCCAAUUAAUUUCAUGACCCUAAUGAGCAAGUGUGCCAGCCUGUUGACUUGUUCUUGUAUAAACCGUAGUCUGUCUUCAGCAUUUGUGACAUGGUCUGACCUCUUACUUAUUGGAUGUUUAAUAUGUUGACUUGAAACCACUUAUUUUGGCUGUAUAAAGUUGACCAAUGACCACUGCAAAUAUGUUUUUUGUGAAAAUCAUAAGAUUUAUUAUGCAACAAAACACUGUUUCAACUCUUUUUUUUAUGUUUAUGCAACUGGUUAUGUAAAUUACAGAACUGGAAAUGUAUACUUAUUACAUAAGGCUUUUGGAAGUUAUUUCUUCUAAGACCAAUGUGAUUGAAAUAAUGCUACAUUUUAGUCAUUUAGCAG